AUGAGAGCACAAAUAAAGCAUGUCGUCGCUUCGUUUCUUUUACUCUGUACUCUUGUUCGGUUCUCCAAUGGGUCUUUGCUGCCACUUAUAGAGCGUCCUGGGAGUAUGUUAGCUGAUAUAUGGACAGACCCGUUCCGAGUAUUGGAGCAAAUCCCAGUUGGCCUUGACAAGGAAGACAGCGCCUUGGCACUGUCUCCGGCCAGGGUAGACUGGAAAGAGACGCCGGAAGGUCAUUUGAUAAAGCUGGAUGUGCCGGGAUUGAAGCAGGAGGAUCUGAAGAUCGAGGUGGAUGACCGGGUGCUGAGAGUGAGCGGUGAAAGGAAGAGGGAGGAGGAAAAGGAAGGGGAGCACUGGCACCGGAUGGAGAGAUCCUAUGGCAAGUUUUGGAGGCAGUUCCGGUUGCCUGAGAAUGUAGACCUGGAUUCUGUCAAGGCCAAGUUGGAGAACGGUGUGCUCACUUUGACAUUGCCCAAGUUGUCCCCUGACAAGAUCAAGAGCCCCAGGGUGGUCAGCAUUGCUGCAGAAGAGGAUGAACCAGCCAAAUCCAAAGUGCAGAAGUAAGGCCAAGCAGGAGCUUCAAAACCAUGGACCACUUCUUAGCGAGCAUUUUAACUAUGUUUAUGUGGCUUUUCAGUAUGAAUAAAGGGUUUCAGUUUCACAUCCCUUUUCUCCUUUUUCAGAGGAGAAAAGGGUUUCAGUAUGUAAUUUCGCUAUGCCUAUUAUUAUUAAUAUUACCGUUUUACUUAUAAAAAAAAAAAAAAAAUCUAUUUUCUCCUA